AUGAAUACAAUAAAUGAUUCUAUAGAGUAUACAUGUGAAAAUUCAUUUAAUCAUCUGAUAGGAGAUGGAAAAUAUAGUAAUGAUAUAGAAAGUGAUGAUGUUUCAAUUCUUUUUAAAUAUAUUAAAGUUAAUAAUAAAUUAAAUUACAACAAUUCUAUAGAAGUUUCUUAUUACUUAUGCAAUUUAUAUGAAGAUUUAUGUUUUUUAUGUGAAAUCAAUGAGUGGGAGAAAACUGAGAAUCAAGAAGAAUGCUAUUAUUAUUGUAGUGAAUAUUUAGUUAGAAUAAAUAAUAAAAAGAAAAAAUAUAUAUAUUUUCUGGAAAUUCACAAUUAA